UGGAGAACCAACUUCCUGCACAAUCAUGAAAGUAUUGUGGGCAAUUCUGUUUUUGGGUUCUGCCUUGGCAUUUCCCGAAGGCAAUAGUACGGAAGAACCGACCCCGGAUAAUGUGAUCGUCAAUGGCUAUCCAGCCUACGAGGGCAAGGCUCCCUACCUUGUUGGCCUCUUCCUGUUCACGGACGGCAGCAACGCCGGAGCCGUUGGGGCUGGCAGCGUAAUAUCCCAUACUUGGGUCCUGACCGCAGCCCACUGCCUCACCACGGACUCGGUGGACAUCCACUACGGAUCGAAUCGGGGCUGGAACGGCCUGUACAAGCACCACGUCAGGAAGGAGAACUUCAUCCGCCAUCCAGGCUUCGGCAACUCGGCCGGCCACGACAUCGGCUUGAUCCGCACUCCGUACGUGGAGUACACCAACGUUGUGAAGAGUAUCCGGCUGCCGAAGUUUGGCCAAAAGGGAGAACGCUUCGAGAACUGGUGGACCGUCGCCUGCGGCUGGGGCGGCAUGUCCAACGGCAAGCUCGCUGACUGGCUGCAGUGCGCCGACGUGCAGAUCAUCAGCAACGAUGAGUGUGCCCGGUCCUAUGGCGCUGUGGCCAGCACCGACAUGUGCACCAGGAUGUCGGACGGCAGGGGUGCCUGCGGUGGAGACUCUGGUGGCGCUCUGGUCACACACGAUAAUCCUAUGCAGGUGGGCGUGAUAACUUUUGGCUCCGGUGGCUGUAAGAAUGGACCGACCGGCUACACCCGUGUCACCGAUCACUUGGACUGGAUACGCGAAAAAUCAGGAGUGGCCUAUUACUAGCAUUGAUCCUGGGCUCAACGGAGAACGGGCUUCUCUCUCUUUUUCUUUUAAUACAAAACUAGGGCCACUGUCUGACAAUAAAUAAAUAUUUUAUCGGUGUUAUUGACACCGCGUGCAUCCCAAAA